AGGAGCCGAGCGGCAUCGCGCGGAGAUCGAAGAAGAUCGAGGGAGCUGCAGGAACGAGUGAAGAGAGAGGCCAGAGAAGGAAGACAGCUGACAGGUAAGUGCAAAUUUUGCUGCUGCAGCCAGGUAUGCAGGCUUAUCAUUGGUGUCAGUGGGAGGGAUAGUGCCCCAUCAUUGGUGUCAGUGGGAGGAAUAGUGCCCCAUCAUUGGUAUCAGUGGGAGGAAUAGUGCCCCAUCAUUGGUGUCAGUGGGAGGAAUAGUGCCCCAUCAUUGGUGUCAGUGGGAGGAAUAGUGCUCCAUCAUUGGUGUCAGUGGGAGGAAUAGUGCUCCAUCAUUGGUGUCAGUGGGAGGA